AUGACAAAAUACGUUGGUUGCAUCGACCUCCAUGAUGGACAAGUGAAGCAGAUAGUUGGAUCUACUUUGACUACAGACAACAAUGACCUCUCCACCAAUUUUGUGUCGUCACAUUCGCCAGCAUACUACGCAAAACUAUAUAAGGAGCACAAUAUAUUUGGCACUCAUGUCAUCAAACUAGGUUCCAACAGGCCAAACGACGAGGCUGCUAUUGAGGCAUUGUCUGCCUGGCCAGGCAGCUUACAAAUUGGGGGCGGUAUUAACAUAGACAAUUGUAAAGAAUGGAUUGCGAGAGGUGCAGAUAAAGUGAUUAUAACCAGUUGGUUGUUUCCCAAUGGGGGGCUAAGCUGGGACCGUCUGAAAGAGAUCAGCUCUGCUGUAGGUAAGGAGCACCUAGUGGUUGAUGUUAGUUGUAAGAGGCAGACAAUUGACGGCGCCGAUUCCUGGGUCGUUGCAAUGAACAAAUGGCAAACACUUACGAAUACCACAUUAAGCAAGGAACUAUUCCACGCCAUGAGUGAAUAUACAGGUGAAUUUCUAGUCCAUGCUGCUGAUGUUGAGGGGCUCUGCCAAGGGAUUGAUGAGGAGCUCGUUGUUAAGCUGGGGGAGUGGUGUAGCGGGUUGGACGUGAAGAUUGUGUAUGCUGGUGGUGCCCGGAGUUUGGAUGAUUUACAAAUCGUUGAUAAGUUGUCCCAGGGCACAGUCGACUUGACGUACGGUAGCUCUCUCGAUAUCUUUGGAGGAGACGUUAAGUUCCAAGAGUUGGUAGAAUGGAAUAAGAGCCAUUAG